GUCCUGCUGGUCACUGAAGGCAACACGAGCUAAGCGACAGGAACGUAUUUAGCGGACUGAAAUAUCCAGCUACAGCUGAUGAAAAGAAGAAGAUACAUUCCCAUGAAUGGACAUAUCGAUCUUCGUUUGCCGUCAUGCAUGCAGCCGGGCCGCUAGCUUGCGUUUUGUCCGUCCCCUGCCCUCGAGACAAUGCGCUACCCGUAGCCAGAGGCUCUUCCUUCGUCUAGCCUCCGUCUUUCCCCCCUCUGCCCCCGCCGCUCCCAGAGUUCCCUAUGUUAACCCUCUUGAGCAUGUUUUACUAUAUAUGUCUGCGGCGGCGCUCCAGGAGCGGGACUCGAGGCGAGGCACUGACCAGCCGGCGUGCCGUGGAGUCGGGCCAGCGGGCGGUGCUGCCGGUCAGUGUGGUGGUGGAGCAGUACGCCAUGGAGGUUCUGGACUUCAGCUCCCACUAUGGCAGUGAGAACAGCAUGUCCUACACCAUGUGGAACCUGGCCGGGAUCCCCAACGUUUACCCCAGCUCGGGGGACUUCACGCAGACGGCCGUGUUCAGAGCCUACGGGAAGUGGUGGGAACAGUGCGCCAGCACUCCCUUAGCGUUCCGCCGGACCCCCGACGGCUUCUACAGUCAGGAUUACAUCGAGCUGGGCUUUGAGAAGCCCGUCUACCCCACGGCGGUGGAGGUGUUUGAGACUUAUUAUCCUGGAGCCAUCGUCCAAAUCCUGGCCUGCUCCCACAACCCGUUCUCCCAACGCCCGCCUACUGAUGUCAGGUGGGAGGUGUUGUGGUCAGGAAAGCCCACCAAAGCGCUGACCCCACAGUCUCGACGGUUCUCCCCGAAAAUCAAGCACAUCAACUUCCCCACCAAUCUGCUCCGCCUGGAGGUCAACAGCUCCCUGCUGGAGUACUACACCGAGCUGGACGCCGUCAUCCUCCGCGGGGUGAAGGAGAGGCCCAUGCUCGCACUUUAUAAGAUGCCUCUUAUCGACAUAAGCGACUUGAGCGACAGCGAGGACGAGAUGCCUGACGGCGGCGGUCCUUUCAGACCAGGAGGAGACGGCAAGCAGCAGAGGACGGCCAACGGCUACUUUGACAAACUGCCAUAUGAGCUCAUCCAGCUGAUUCUGAGCCACCUGACCCUGCCUGACCUCUGCCGUCUGGCCCAGACCUGCAAGCUGCUGCACCAGCACUGCUGCGACCCGCUGCAGUACACCCAGCUGAGCCUGCAGCCGUACUGGGCCCGGCUGAGUGACGCCUCCCUGGGACACCUGCAGAGCCGCUGCACCCUCCUCCAGAGGCUCAACCUGUCUUGGACGGGCAGCCGCGGCGCUCUCACCCUGACGGGCUUCAGCAGUUUCAUGAAGGCCCGCGGCCUCAGCCUGGUGUGUCUGGAGUUGUCGUGUUGUCACUUCCUGAAUGAGCCGUGUCUUGAGGUCAUCGCCCAGGCCUGCCCCAAACUGCAGGAGCUCAACUUGUCGUCGUGCGACCGCCUCCACCCGCAGGCCUUCACGCACAUCUCCAAACUCUCACUCCUCCGCAGGCUGGUGCUCUACCGCACCAAGAUAGAGCAAACAGCCAUCCUCAGCAUCCUGACCUUCUGCCCUGAGAUCAGACAUCUCAACCUGGGGAGUUGUGUGAGGAUUGAGGACUAUGAUGUGGUUGCCAGCAUGCUGGCCACUCGUUGCCGUUCCCUGUGCUCUCUGGACCUGUGGCGCUGCAGGAACCUGACGGACCGAGGCCUGGCCGAGCUCGUUACCGGCUGCAGGACGUUGGAGGAGUUGGACCUGGGCUGGUGUCCCACCCUGCAGAGCAGCACCGGCUGCUUCCAACAGCUUGCCCGCAGCCUGCCCCGACUGAGGAAGCUCUUCCUCACCGCCAACCGCACCGUCUGCGACUCGGACAUAGAGGAGCUGGCCGCGGGCUGCCCGGCGCUGCAGCACCUCGACAUACUGGGAACACGGUUGGUGAGCGCCGCGUCUCUCAAGAAGCUCCUCCAGUCGUGUCCUCGGCUUGUCCUGCUGGACGUCUCCUUCUGCUCACAGGUGGACACCCGGGCGGUCCAGGAACUCUCUAGCCUCUUCCCCGGCGUGGCCAUCAAGAAAAGUUUUACUCAGUGAACCCACGCCGGCCGAGAGGCGUCACGACCGGCGAGAGGUUCGGUUCACCAGCGGGUUCUGGCUCCGCGACGGGUCCGAGUCACGCUGAACACCGGGAGGAGCUAACGUCCUCGUAGGGGUCGGACGUCGUCAGAGAGAUUCUUGGGACUUUGACUGAACGGACAAGCAGCCGGCCUUCAGACUGUACGACAUGACAAACCUUCUUUGUUAUUUCGCGCCGCGCUCCUAAUCAGGGUUGUUGAGCUCUUCUCUUAAUCUGACACUCAACGUCUAGUUUUUUUUUGUUUUUUUUUUGUAUCGCCAAACACCAAAAGGACGAGAAACUCGGAGCGACGAGCAGCACGAGAAAGAAGCGACAUCCGUGCAUCGUGCUGCUUGCUUAGGUGAACAAAACCUGUUAAAAACAACUUCUUUUGUUUCAAUCACAGUAACACAACCCAGGUGUUUCUUUUUAGUGCCUUGUCAGAAUGAUCGGGUACAAAUGUUCUCAGUUUCACAGCGUACCACUCCUGGUUGCUGCGAUGGUUUUCAGAAUAACCAGGAAUUGUGUUUUAAGCAGUUGUUUGUUUGUAGAAAACAAACAAAAAAACUGGCAUAAUUUAUGUUCAUUUGUGAAAUAAAGACAAAAAUGUUGAGGUCCUCAAAAAAAGCACCUUGUUUCUUGUAUUUAGAAGCAGACUUAGGCAACAGUUUGUUAGUUUAUUUAUUGCUUAUGCCCCUUUUCUCCUUUAAAAAAAAAUAAAUUUAUGUAAUUUACUGAAAAUCAACUUAGAAUUUUAUUAUCAAGUACUUGCACUUACCUGUUCCUCAUUUGGACCACAGCGAGAUGUUAUCGGCCUUUUAGUUAAACCCUAGCAGGAGGCAAACGAAUAAUAAUAAUAGUAAUGGGGCGUGCUGUGGUGGCGCAGGGGGUUAGCACGCCUCACGUUUGGACGUGGACGUCGCGGGUUCGACUCCCGGUCCCGACGGGACGCAUGUCAAAGUUGUUAAACUUUGUCAAAGUUGUCAAAGUUGUUAAACUUUGACAUGCGGCAAAGGUCCCGCAUGUCUUCCUCCCUCUUCUCACCCCCCCCCCUUCCUGUCUGCCUACUGUCGAAAAAAUACGGGCCACUAGCGCCGCAAAAACUCUUCGGAGAAAAAAAAAAAAGUAAUAUUAAUGAUAAUAACAAUGAUAAUAAUAAUAAAACAGGAUUGGUGUGUUUUAAGCUGAGAACAUGCAGCAUAUGAGCGUCUUUCUGCUAACGUCCAUCAUAGUCGGGGUCACACUUCCUGCUUCUGUGUUGCCUCAGGCUGAAAGAUUGAAAUCAGAGGGAGAGAGAUCGCUGCAGAUUCAUUUAGGAUUUUAUGCUGAAAAAAAGAAACAAUCAGCGACCUUGUUGCUCAUUGGAUGAAAUGCUAUGGAAAAGUAUUUGCCCCCUUAUAGAUUUCCCGUCUUUCCUUGAUUUCUUUUUCUUCUUCUUCAGACCAUUAGACAAACGUUAAUAUCAAAUAACUGGAGUAAAUAGAAAGCCAGUCUUAUUUGUGUGAGCCUUUUCGCUGAUUCCAGCAGUGAUCCUUUUUUACGUCAACGUGGAGAAAUUUCGGAUUCUGACAAAAACAAAACCAUCAAAUUUUUUUGGUUUGUUUUUGAAAACAUUCAGAGGUGGACUUAGUAAGAUUUGGUCAUGUUUUCAGGCAGAAAGACGAGUCUGUCAUGUUGCAGCAAAGGUCGUCAAGGUCCUGGAGCAGCAAACAGACCCACAGCAUCAUACUGCUGCUACCAUGUCUGACGGUUCGAAGUCAGAAUAUUUCCUAAAUUCACUGGGAUUUUAUGUUACAUGAGACCAUGUUGUUUUGAAUAGCUUCACUUAAUGAAUUAAUGAAAUUCUUAUUUACAACAGUAACAUUUAUUUGAUGAUGAUGGCGGGGGUUGGGGGGUAAAGUGACAGAAAAACAAAAAAAAAACAAACAAAAGAAAAGUGAACAAGUCUGCAGGGGGGCAAAUACUGAUAGAAAAGAACAUGAUCAAACUUGCUCUAUGUAUUUUUUUCUUUUAAAAUGUAAAACUCAAGCAGAGUUGAAAAAUCCACUGGCAUCAAUUUGAAAGUUAAACUGGUUGGAAGUAAAAGUGGUAGAGAAAGAACACAAACAUAAAGCUGUUGAUUUAAAUGGAAUCUUCUUGGUUCAACCAAACGAUCAGAUUUUAAAAUUUUUUUUUUGCUGUUUUCCGCUACCGUUAUACCAUUACAAUACAGAUUCAGACCUUCAGGCGGGCCUUGUUUGGUGCUCCUUUUUCUACCGCGUCCUUUUCCUUCCAUUAAACUUUCCGUGUACGUACGUGGAUUUCAGACUCUCUGAAUAUUUAGCUUCUUCAGCAGGGGCGAUUUCAAACCCACCCCACCCCCCCAUUCAAGAAUUCAUCACCGAUAACGUUUCCUGGUGAUGUCAUUAAAAUGAAGGUCAUGGUUGUGAAGGAGCCCUGCCCUUUUAAACCAAGGACAGUUUGUCAACGUGUAUCAAACUCAGGGCUUAUCCAUUCUGUACAUAGCAAAAUGUACUUUAGCAUCAUAUUGUUGUUGUUGUUUUUUUUUAAUAAUGCAAGUUACUUUACAAUCAAAGGACAGCUGUACUGUAACUUACAGUAGACCGAGUCAGCUUUAACAACAACAGUCACUAAUGUAACCGAGGGAGCAGAAAUGUAUGUUGAUGUUGUUUAGAAAACUCAGCCGAUUAUUUAUUUCAGUGACUGAAACUUUGGGAGAGUCAGCUUGAGAAGUGGUUUUAUUCCCCCCACUCUUUUCUUUUCAGUAAGAAAACUUGAACUUUUCUUCGAAGGACCUGCUAGUCGUAAAUAUCUGUGCCUUAUCGUCCCGUUUGAAUGUUGCGUGGUUGAGUUUAGAUUGUCGCUCUGAAGCCCCUCCAGCCAAAGGAAUUCACAGUGUCCUGGGCGGGGUCCGAGCGCUCCCAGCGCCAUGCAUCAGCCAUGAAAAUUAAUAUGCAAAAAUGACAUUUAUUUAUACUUUCCUGUGCGGUGCGCAGUCCAGCUGAGUUCACUCUGUAAACACUGCUGGCUACAUUUGUCGUUAAAGAUGUGCAAAAAGCCUUCGAAUAAGUUCUGCGUUGAUUUGGUUGAAUAUUUUUUUAUCUGUAUCAGGUUAAAAACACGUUUUCAAUUCAUUGAUAGACGAUUGUAUCCAUAAUACUUUGCACUCUAUCAAGAUCAUUGUGGCUUUUGGAGGAGAAACAUCGGAGAUCCAACGCCGUGCUUAACUUUGGGAAGGAUUUUUCAGAUCUUUGUUUUAUGGAUUGUCUGCUGCUGUGCUGCUGAAACAUCCAGAAAGUCCUUUUUUUUUUCUUGCCUCUCUCCCAGACAACUGGUUUGCAUACAGAUAACAUCCGUAUACCUGAAAAUUGUACUAAAGAGUAGCACUACUACAUAUUUUUACUCACGUAAAAGUAAAAAAAAAAAAAAGGUAGUCGACCAAGAAAUGACUUGAAAAAGACUGAAAAAAAAAAUUCAAGUGAUCAAAAUGUUUAAUAUUUGAAAAUGAUGAAGUUAAGGUGUCAGCAGCCGGGUGUUCUCUCUGGGUACUCCGGCUUCCUUCAACAGUCUGUAAGGUUGAGUUGGUUGUUUGUCCUGUGUGCCUCUGUGUUGCCCUGGCAACCUGGCAUUGACCAGUAACCACCAGAGCAAACGACCUCCACCUGCAGAUCGAUGCCAAUAAAUAUGUUUUUUUUUAAUCAUUCCCCCAUCAUUGAAUAAAUGUACUAAAAUUAAAUACUGGAUCUGAAAAAAAAAGUGAAUUUAUUUUAAGGCUUUUUACACCUGACUCCCACUUCCGGUUCCGGUGUUAAGGUUUUCCCUUCUUCUGUACCUUUAAAGUAAGCAGAAGAAGAACCAACUCAGUUCUUGUCCUGGUAAAACUUUUUGUCCAACAGUUAACGAUAUUUUUCCCAGGUUUAUUAGGGUGGUUGGUUGAAAACCUCACAUUUAACCUUUACAGGUGAAGUCAGUUAUUUUGAUAACUUUUUUCCCCCUUCAUUUAAUACCCCCCAAACUCAAGUGUAUCAUUUCAAGUAGAUGUGAAUUAAAGUAUCCCUGUAAGAACACAUUGGAUGUCUACAGUGUACAGCUAAUGACCACCAUUCACCCUCUCAUGUCACGUGUGAUCAACAUUUGCACCGUGCGUGGUGGUUGUGGAAGAAGGUUGUGUGCUUCACCGGCUCGAUGGUUUGAAUAAACUGGAGAGCUGUUGAC